UCCUUUCUUUUUUAUCGCUAUCAUGCAAAUCGUACUUUAGUGACUGCGUCGUUGAUACAAGAUACAACUGUACAAAUCUCAAAGUACGACGUAUGUUGUACGAGAAUUAAUUAUAAUUUAGCGAGAUAAUAAGUUAUCUUCAAUCAAAUAUAUUCCCAAGAAGCAAUCUGUCAAGAGGAAAUUAAACUUUAACGCACAUCUUUGACGUUUCUCUUAUACCAAUGGCAUUGACAGGACCCGACUUGCCGAAAAUUCCGUCUCCCUUGAAAAGCAUUCAACAAUACUUAACGAUCGCAGCGAAGCACGAUCAACGAGACAGUGUCGUCAGUUAUUGGUGCCGUCUUUAUGCUCUUCAAACUGGGUUAAAGCUAUCUACUAAAACAUCAGAGGAAACAAAUUUUUUACUGAAAUUAAUGGACUGGUUGGAGAAAACAAAGAAGGAGUUACAUGAUAAUGAGGCCAUUACUAAUGAUGUAGCUGCUCAAGCACACUUGGAAAAUUGGGCCUUGAAACUCUUCUUGUAUGCCGAUAAGAACGAUAGAGCUGCAAAUUUUUCUAACAAUGUAGUGCAAAGCUUUUAUACUGCUCAGGCACUGUACAAUGUAUUGACAUUGUUUGGAGAACUGAGCGUAGAAGCAGCACAGAAUCGAAAGUAUGCGCAAUGGAAAGCAUCUUAUAUCCAUAACUGCUUAAUGAAUGGAGAAACUCCAGUUCCAGGGCCAAUGAAAGAACAGGAUGAAGAAAAUGAUUUUGUUGAAGCAUUGAAUGAAGAUGAUAAUACCGAUUUGAAUGUAAAUCCUGCAACUGAAAGUCCCAAGGACAAUGCUCCGCAAAGUAUUCCAUCUAUUCCUGUAAAUCCACCAACUACAAGAUCUCAGUCAUUUGAUGCAGAGGACAGUACUGCAUAUAAGACAGAAAAUGGUGCUAAUCUGUCGAUAGAGCAAAUUAAUAAGGCUCAAAAGUUUUUGAAAUGGGCGAGUAGCGCAUUAGACUAUGAUGAUGUAUCUACUUCUGUAAUGAAUCUUCGGAAGGCUUUGCAUCUUUUAACUACUGGUCAGGAACCUGCAUAGGCGAAGGAAGCGCAAAGAUAACAUAUUUGAAAUGAAAUCGCAGAAUCUAAUGGAUUAACGUGAAAACGACGCGUUCUCCAAUCGUAAUCCCGCUCAGUCUUGCUUCUUAGCUUUAUCAUCGACGCCGUUUGCCGUCACUGAUUGCGUAUCCUCUCGUCUUAGCUGCCAGUCGAUUACCAAUCGCCCCGUCAGCAUAAAGAAGAAUACCUGAAACCACAUUUUACUUUUUACCAGUUUAUGGUUCGUGAAAUUCAAUCGAUUACUCACCAGUGCCGGGGCAAUCCUCUCGAACUUAUCGUUGACCAUGUAAUGAGAGUACACAGCCAUCAGCAUCAAAAGAAGCAGUACUGUAUUGGAUAAGUUCUUAACUUUAUCUGAAAACAAUUUAUACGAUUAAUUAUUUAAACGGUUCCCCAAUAUCGUUUGUAAAAUAUGAGAAAUAUCUACGGUAGAGUUAAAAAUCCGUGCAGUAAAGUGAGAGAAGCAAGAAAGAAUUCAGAGAAACGAAAUCUAUGUCUAUCUGAUGAAUCUCUGUAAAAAAAGGGUUGGCAUCCAAAUUCAACGAUUCGUAUGUAAUCAGUGAUCGGCGCCGAGCAAAAGGAAGAUUUGCGAUAAUAAAUGUAUAUAUGUGAUACAGAUUCAAUGAUCAAGAAUUGACAAUAAAAAAUCUCCGUGAAAAAGAUAAUCUGAUGAGACGAGCGUCUGCAAAGAGAGAGUAUUACAGUCGAAGAAUGGAAUGGUUGAUUCUUUGCACCUACGACUUGGAAUAAUCGCCAUGGCGAGGCCGCAGAUAAUCUCGAGCGAGCCAACGACUCUUCGGUACCAUUUGCUGGGCACUUUGAAGUCGAGCGUCCCCGAGAGCGGGAAAACUUUUGCGUAUUUGACAUACUCUUUUCUCUGUGAAACAAGAAAGGAAAUUAUUAAAACUCGAUUGUGAAAAUAAAAAAUAAACCGCUUAUAUACAU